AUGACACCUCCCUCCCACCUUCCGAUUCUGUUACUGCGACUCCAGGCAGUUAACCUGGUGCUCUGGCUCCUCCUUCUGGCACUCCUGUUGGAGCCUGAGCUAGAGGCAGUGCCUUAGGCUCUGAGCUCUGGACCUUCCUCCUUGUUUGUGGUUCAGGAGUCUCAAGUGUCGUGUGAUGCUGACAAACUUUAUCCCAAAAGCUCUGCCUCCACUCCCUCCACCAUAAGCUUCAGCAUGGAAUUAUCUCUCACCACCUGCUGUAGGUCGAGGGCAGAAAGGAGUAUCCUAGAACUCAACCAGGAGUUGCGCUCCCAGCUAGCACAAAGCAAAUAGCAGUUCAGAGACCUCAAAGAGAAAUUCCUUAUAUCUGAAGCUACUGCCUACACCCUGGCCAACCAGCUGCAGAAAUACAAAUGUGAAGAAUACAAGGCCCUCUUUGAAUCCUUGCUGGGAGAAGAGCUGCAGUUUGAGGAGGAGAGACCAGGGAAAUAUGAUUCCCUAAUUCUGGCUCAAGCUCAAGAACUGAUCCAUUUACAUCAGAAGAUACAGGAAGGGAUUGGUGGGUGUUACCUUUUCACACAGCAUAUGAAAAACACAGUCAAGUCUUUUGAGGACUUCAUCAGGAAUACUAACAUUGCCAACUACCAGAGACAGAGAUUCCGUGAUCAGCUGGCCCAAGAAAGCCAACUGGCAGAGCACCUCGUGAGCAAACUCACCACUGAGCCCAGCGACCCCCGGAGACCCCCGGGUCUGCGAGCCCCGCCUGAGCCGAGUGGGGCCCACAACCCGCUGCGCCCCGUGGGCUCCGGGACGUCCCUUCGCGCCGUCUGCUCCGCCUUCGCCCGCCCCCAGGACGCCCCCCGCUCCACUCGGUUGAGGUCAGUGGGGCGAGCGGGGAGAAUAAGGGGGGAACGGGGACCCGUGAAGAGGAGCGAAGGAGAGCAGGGAGGCGCGGACCAGGACGAGACCUCCAGGGCCCUGUACGGAGAUGGGCCGGGUCCUGGGGAGGAGAGAAGGUUUGUUGCGAGGUAG